GUGAGUUGCGGGAAGCUGUGAAAAAUGGAGAAUACAUGGCUGUGAAACUAGCACUUAAUUCAAAGGAGGACUACAAUCUGGACCAAGAGGAGAAUACUGUUGAUGAGCAGAGGUCAUUUGAAGGAGAAAGGAGCUUGAUUGAAGACAGGAGCACAAGUGAACCUAAUAGAUUGCCUUCUAACCUUGACAAUUCAACAAAUGAAGAGGGUUCUCUAACAGUGAAAGAAAAUGCCUUGCAAGAUUUGGAUGGGCAAGGAUAUGCCAAGAGCAGUUCCUUUAAUUCAGAUAAUAUGCAGGAAAGCCCACACGAAAAGGACACACCAGCAGGAGAGGACACUGAAAUGUCAAAUGACAUGAGUAACAUAUCACAUGAAUUGGGAAGUUUUGAUUCAAGUCCAAGAGGAAGAUCUGAAGGUGUGCAGAUAUGGGCAUGUAAUGAAACAAAAAAAAAGAACACAACUAUUGAACCCUCUUUCCCCCAGAAAAUGAAUGACUCAAGUGAUGAGGCAAAGGAUGAGGUGUCCGGCCACUCAAAUUGUGCAGAUAAUGCUGCACCUCUGUUUGACAAAAAUGAGAUUGCUAAAGGGGGAUCGGACUACGACAAGAAAACUGCAGAAUCAAAACAACCAACAAGGUCAAGUUUACGGACCUCUCAAAGAGUGGUUCUUGAAACACCAAGUGCAGAGACCAGCAAAAAGGAACCUGCCAAAAAGCACUUUUGUAUGUACUGUAAAAUAGCAUUCACACAACUUGUGAAGCAUUUGGAAAUGCACCAUGCAGAGGAAACACAUGUCGCCCAAGCAAUGCAAUUUCCCAAAGGCUCCAGAGACAGACAGACUUUGCUUGAUGAAAUUCAUAAUAAAGGAAAUCAUGACCAAAACUGCGAAGUUCAAAAAAGUGGAGAGGGUGAAAUUAUGAUGAAGAAGGAAGUGAAAACUUCCAGCUCAUGUGUUCGUGACUAUCUACCUUGUAAGCAUUGCUUUGCGUUUCAUCGCAAAACUGAUUUAUGGAGGCACGAACGGUCUUGUAAGGCCAAAAAAGGGGAUCAAAAAUCCUCUGAAGACACAAAAGAAACACUGAUGACAAUGCUGCCUCUCAACUUCUUCCAAUGUCGGACUUUUUAACUGAGAGCUGUGAGGAAAUUAUCAAUGUCAUGCAUCAAGAUGACAUUGCACGUCAUAUCAGAAAUGACGCACUUAUUUGCAAAUACGGUAAUGCACUGUCCACCAAGUAUGACCAUGACAAAUCUCAGUUUGCUUACAUUGCACAAAAAAUGAGAGAGUUGGGUAGAUUUAUCCUUGCUGUAAAUGAGCUUGAUAAAACUGUUCAGUAUUUGCAUGAAAUAUGUCUACCAUCAAGAUUUGAGUUAGCAGUUGAAGGGGCCAAGAAGCUAAGUGGUUUUGAUCCGAGCUCCACAAAAUUUAAAACUUUUUCACUCGUCCCGAAGAUUCACUACUCUUUGAAACGAGCUGCAGAAAUAGCUUUUGGGGAGAGCCGCAUGACCGAGAACAGUGAAACUGAGGGUCAAGUAAAGCAAUUCAUCCAGCUUCUUGACACUAAAUGGAAUGGGUGUUUUUCUCAUAAAGCUUUGGCAUCCUCUGCACAGAAGCAGGAUUUCAAGAAAGUGGAAAUGGACACAUCAACUGUGACAGAAGAUUUGAUAAAACUUUACAAAUAUAUCAAGCAUGAAGGAGAUGAAGCAAGAAAGGCACUUAAAGAAAAUCCUAGUUUGUCACCAUGGAAAAAGCUCAGUGAAGCCACUCUAGCAGAUGUUUGUCUUUUCAACAGGCGUAGGAUAGGUAAUAUUGGACGACUGCUCUUGCAGACGUACACUAGCAGGAACAAUAGGAAAGCUCUUGUUCCCUCUGCAGAUCAAAUGAGAAAAAGCACCAAAUUGGAAUUGGACCUUGGUGACAAGUUCACCAAGUUGGAACUGGAAGGCCAGUAUGGAAGGAACAUGCUCAUUCUGCUAACUGAAAGGAUGAUGUCAUCAAUUGACAUGCUGGUUGAAAAUCGAGAUCAAGCUGGUGUAUCAAAAAACAACCCUUAUCUGUUUGCACGAGCUGAAGGUCCAUCUUUCGUCAGAGCACUGGAUUGUUUCCGAAGGGCUGCAGUGGAAUGUGGAGUUAAAAACCCAGAAACCCUUCUGUCCCCGUCGUUAAGGGACCGUAUUGCUUGCUGCUGGCAGCUAAUGAGCCUUGGUGAACAAGAAUUGGAUCAAGUGGCAAUGCAAAUGGGCAGGAGCAGUGAGGACUACAACAGACUCUGUGAAAAUGCUUCACAGUUAGAAGAAGUGAGCAGACAGUUGCUCAAAAUGGAUAGAAAAAUGCCAUUGUCUCCACCAGCAACUGUAAGAGAUGGAACAGUUCCAAAAGCACCUACAAAAAGAAAACCAUGGAGUGAAAAGGAGCAAGCUGCGGUUCAACGUUAUUUAGGUAACUUUAUCACAAUGAUGAAGGUUCCAGGUAAAAAGGAUUGUAAUGCAUGCAUAGCUGCCGAACCUGAUCUGCUUGGAAGAUCUUGGACAGAUGUUAAGAGCUAUGUACACAACACUGUACAGACAAUACGAAGGAAAAGUAACCAACAAAGAUGUGAAGUGACUCAAACAACAAAGAAAGAUUUGGCAGAUACACUGGCUGUUGGUGGUAUGGCAACUGUACGGCCAUCUGAGCUGAGAGAAAGUCCAAAUUGUUGUAACAUGACAAUAGCAUCACCAACCGACUUGACAAAGUCAGUAACAUCUGCAGUUGCACCAUUUCCCCAAGACGUGACUUCAGGUUAUGUAUCCAUGAGUUCAGCCGGUACCAGUGUGCUCCAUGGAAGUCAACCAUUGAUUUCUUCUUUCACACCCUUAAAUGCUACUGACAUCCAGGUGGUUCCCACAUUUACACCACACAACACUACAAAUUCCUCUUUAGUGUCUCCUGUCUAUACAUCAGAAAACAUCAGCUUUCCACCAUUGUCUCCAGUAUAUACACAGCAGAAUACCACAAGAAUGCCACUUCCUCCUGUGUAUACACAGCAAGACAUUACAAGUUCAUCAAUGAUUUCUACGUUUACCCCCCUUAAUGCCCCAAGUACCCAAAUGGCUCCUAGAUUCACACAGCUUAAUUCUCAAAGUACACCAGUGGUCCCUGGAUUCUCGCCACUAUUUGCUGAAAGUAGGCCUAUUAUUUCAUCAUUUACACCUCUGAACCAUUCAAGUCCACCAGCAUACCCCACAAGCCCCCCUGGGCCCUCUGCAACAUCACAAGUUGUCCCAUCUAUCCAUGCACUUAAUGUUCCUGACAGAGCAUCUGUGGUACAAGAAGGAACACCCAUACCGCUUGCACGAAAGGAAGUCACCCAAUCUGUCAAGCCUCAGAAGAGAACCAAGAGGUUGUGGAGUGAAGAGGAACAGUCUGCAGUGAGGCGUCAUCUUGGAGACUUCUGCAAGCUGGUGAAGGUUCCUGGCAAAAAGGAUUGUGAUGCAUGCUUAGCUGCUGAGCCUGCCUUAAGCACCAGGACAUGGAGGGAAGUCAAAUAUUUUGUACACAACUCAAUUCAGUCCAUGAAAAGAAGAAAUGCUUUAAGUGCCCCCCAACCCCAUGAAGAAAAGGAACACGAGACUACUAGUUCUAACAUGGAGUGGGAUGGUCCUGUUUAUCUGUCUCUGUAAAUAUUCUUCAUGUAGUCUAGAAAACGUUGACCAUCAGUGAGGCAUCAGAUGUCUUCAGGCUAUGGCUUUAACUGUAAAA